AUGUCUUCUCUGGAGAAUGUGACAUCAACUUUAGUGGCAGUUCUCCUGCUAUGGAAAAGGAAGGUGCUGAAAUUUUGUGGAGAAGAUCUCUUAACCGCCAUAACAUUAGAUACAGGUGGAUGGUUUCAGAUGGUGACAGCAAGGCUUUCAGUGCUGUGGAGGACACUUAUGAUGGCAUUAAAGUAGAAAAAAUGGAUUGUGUUGGCCAUGUCCAGAAACGUAUGGGGAAGCGCUUAAUGAAGUUGAAGCAACCACAAAAGGAAAACUUGAAGAUGGAAAGACCAUCGGAGGACGCGGUCGACUCACUGAUGAGAAAAUAAAGCAAAUUCAACGAUAUUAUGGAUUAGCAAUCAGGCAAAAUACCUUGUCUGGUCCUAAUCCAACUGAAAAGGAUGUUUCAGUUGCUGUAUAUACAAUGAAGAAAAACAUCAUUGCAAUUUUACAUCACUGUGUAAAAUCUGAAGACAAGGAAAAACAACAUCGUUUCUGUCCUGUCGGGUCAAAUUCCUGGUGCAAAUGGCAGCAAGACCAAGCCUUAGGGACAUCCAUGUACAAGGGUGAUGAUUGCCUGCCUCAUGUGUUUCUGGAGUUACUGAAGCCUAUAUUUAUCACUCUAAGUGACACUAAGCUGCUGGAAAGGUGUGUUCGAGGUACAACCCAAAAUAAUAAUGAAAGUAUCAAUGCAGUAGUGUGGGCGCGGUGUCCUAAGCACAAGCAUCAUGGAGCAAAGGUUGUCCGAUGUGCCGCUGCAUCGGCAGUUUGCCACUUUCACAGUGGUGCCAGAAGUAGAGAGAGAGUAAUGAAGAGAUUGGCAAUACCAGCUG